UUGUUUCGUACGGGAUGGUAAAGGGUUAAAAUGGCAGAUUUACUGCGAGUGGGAAAUAAAAACAAUUGAGAAAAAAGUUGAAGUUGAAACGAGAAGAGAACAGCCAGAUAGAAGAAUAAAGAAUGUGUACAUAAAUUAUGUAUAUACAAGGGAAAUAGGUUUUGAAGUUAAAAUGUAGAAACGAGAAAUUAUAAUUUGUUAAAUUUCACCAAACAAUACUUGCAUGACUUUACCAAAUUGUACACUAACUAAACAGACUAACAAACAACCUAUGGUUGAUCCCUUAAUUACAGAUCCUGAAAAUGGAGCUGGUGGAUACUUAGAAGGAAGUCUGCAUCAAACUAAGUAUUAUGUUGAUAAAAAUGCACAUAACAGUGUUCAGGAAGAGUGGGAUCAGCUAUUUAAAUGUAAAAAUAUGUUGGAACAGCUCAAAUUCAAAGCAUUAGAUGGGAAUAUGGGUACAAAAAGGUUUAGAAGCAUUUGCUGGAGGUUAUUUUGGGAGUGUCUGCCUGAAGAAGAAAAGUUUUGGUUAGCUCAAGCCAAAGUCAACCGACAAAAUUAUGCAGAUAUUCGAAAAAAGUAUGUUAUUGAUCCAUAUGAACAAAAGCAAGACAUUGAUCUUUCAAAACAUCAUCCAUUAUCUCUUGCAGAAGAUAGCAUAUGGCAUAAAUAUUUUCAAGAUAAUGAGUUGCGUUCAACCAUUAUGCAAGAUAUUGAUCGAUUAUGUCCUGAAAUUGAGUUUUUUAAACAAGAAAAUGUAAAAUCGAUUAUUCUUCACGUGCUGUUUUGUUAUGCUAGAGAGCAUCCUCAAGUCUCCUAUAAACAGGGUAUGCAUGAAUUAUUGGCUAAUCUUGUAUAUGUUAUGAUGACAAACAGCCUUGCAGUUAAAGAUUGCACAGAGAAGUUGAGUGAAACCAUAACCAGCAUUCUUGAUAUUUCAUUUAUUGAGCAUGAUGCGUACUCUUUAUUUCAAAACAUAAUGGAUGUUAUCGAACCAUGGUUUACAAACCUAUCUCAGAAUCAACAAGCAUCACAACAGCAAAGUGUACCAACUGAUAGAAGGAUGUUUCAAAAGCCAAAUGACAACCAAAUGAUUACAGCUAUAUCAAAAAAACUGAACCGUAUCCAGAACUACAUGCUAAAACGAUAUGACGCGGCUCUUAGUGAUCAUUUGCAAAAAAUUGAUAUCACGCCACAAUUAUAUGGAAUACGAUGGAUUCGAUUGUUGUUUGGUCGGGAAUUCUCCUUAAAUAGACUUUUAAUUUUAUGGGAUGCAUUGUUUGCUGAUGGCAUGUCGUUGGAUCUUGUUGAUUUUGUAUAUCUAGCCAUGUUAAUCAAUUUGAGAGGUGUCUUGUUACAAAACGAUUUUAACCACUGUUUAACGUAUUUGAUGAAAUAUCCUGCAAAUACAGAUACUAAAUACAUUCUCAAACGGGCAAUUUUUUUGAAGAAUAGUAAGCCGCAGUCUACAUCCCAUCCACACACUGUGCAUAAAUCAAGUCCAAAUCAUCGCUCAAAACCACCUAGGCCUGUCCACCCUGUACGUAACCGACUUGGUGAAACAAAAGAACAAAUGUAUGCUAAUGCACUUGGUUCAGGCUCGCAUCCAGUUCAACAUAGUUCAAAACGUUCUGGGAGCUUGGCCGCAUCUGUCAAUAAAAGUCAAUUUUACACAGACGGCCCAACAAACGUGGAAGCAAAAACAGAUUUUUCAGAAAGUAAGUCAACGGAAAGAAACACGAAAACAUCAGUGGCCUCCCAAAUUUCAAAUCUUAAAACCAAAGUGGGGUCUCCUACGCAAAUUAUUAAUCGCAUUUCAAAUCCCAUACGAACAACUUUGCAUAGACAUCGUGGUGGAGAUUUGGAUGUUAAUGCAUUGGCGGAAGAUCAUUCUCGACUGCAAAAACAAGUGAGUGAGUUAAAGUCUGAACUGGAUAUGAUGCAGUCUUUAUGUGCGUACUGUGGAGGAAAGAUGGACCUGUAUUUAAACUUAUUACAAGACCGCUUGCUAAAAGAAGAAAAAUUUUCCGAUGAAGUUGGGAUACUCAGUUUAACAGGUUUAAAACAGGUUCGAGAUAUCUUUAAAGAUGGAAAAGAUUUUCGCAGCACAGUGCAAGAAUAUGAUGUGGAUUUUAACGAUAUUGACCGCCAUAUUGCAACAGCCUCUGGUCUGUCUUUGUCCCAGCAACAAGUAGAGAAGGAGACUAGUUCUACACCUGUAGCAGAUCUUGCGGAUUUUAAUUACUUUGAGACUGACUCCACCACGCAAGAAAAAAAUCAUAAUGAAAUUUCAAAAAAAAGAAAGGGUGAGUGUAUGAAGAAAAAUUCUCUACCUGUAGAAAGCGAAGAAAUUCCCUCGGAUUAUGAUCCCAGUACUACUGUUAACAACUCAAAUCCAGAACCCUUAUUUGUGCCGUUGGAAUCUAGUGACGUCACUGACAGUGACGUAAAAUUAAUUGCAAACGAUUCGCUGAAAGGAGAACUUUCUACUGUCACUGGGCAUUCAGAAAGCACGGAUAAUCUAUGCUUUAGUGAACAUUUGGCUGAUCCUCUUUCAGCUUUUGUUGUGGACACAUGACCCAGACUGAAUUUAUCUGAAGGACAUUUUUUUCCCUUGCUUCUAUUAAUUAGUUACUAGAAUGACAUUUAACGUAUUUUUAAAGUUUUGCGAGAAUACAAGAUUUUGCGAAAGUAUCACGAUUAAAGAGGUGUGCAAAUCUGACAGUUUAAGAAUUCUUUUUGAAAAAAUUAGUUUUUGCGAAUGACUAACCCUGAAAUAUUUCACGCGAAUUUACUUAAAGAUUCCUUUCCCUGGUCAGUGACCUCUACGAUUUAUUUCAAGUAUUCAUCGCUAGUUUUACCAAAGGUAGACUGACCACGAUACUGUAAACUUAGUCUCAUUUUUUUAUUCUGUUCAGAAGUUAUCCUUUUUGUAGUGGAGAACGUUUUUGUAAAUACGGUUUUUUAGAGUUGAAUUUUUUCGCAGGAAUUUAUUUUAAUACUUUUCAAUGUUAGUUUUAGGAAUUACAUCGGAAAUAAAAACAGUUUGUACAUCGCAUCAAAUUAUAUACUAUAAAUUGAAUUAAAAAAUUUGA